AUUGAUAUUGUCUCUUGGGAAAGAAAUAUAUCAAUAAAAAUAAUGUUCAUUUAAAAAAUAUAAUGAAAUAUGUAAGUCAAGUGAAUAAUCAAAAAGUCAAGGGUUAAGUCAAGGAUCAAGGAUUCAGCCUAUUGUUGAAAAAAGAAUUAACAAUAUGGCAGAAAGCACUAAUAAUCCUUAUGAUAUUAAUGGACAACAUUUCAAUUCUGAUAUGUAUUUUCAAAAGUUAUUAAAGGAAUGCACGCUAAAGCAAAUCAUGGAUCAUGAAGCAGAGAUCAUAAAAAAUACCCAAGUUCUACAUUCAGAUAUGCAGACUUUAGUAUAUGAAAAUUAUAAUAAAUUUAUAUCCGCUACUGAUACUAUACGCAAGAUGAAGACAGAUUUUAAAGAGAUGGAAGACAGCAUGGAUCUCUUAGCUAAGAAUAUGGAAAGCAUUACUUCUUUUUCAGAGCAGAUUUCUUCAACUUUGCAUGGAACACGACAACAAAUUGCUAAACUAUCUUCUGUACAUACUUUAUUGAAAAAGUUGCAAUUUCUUUUUAAACUGCCUGGAAAUCUCAAAGACAAAAUAAACGAAGAAAAAUAUGCAGAAGCAGUUCAAGAUUAUGUUCACGCACAAAGAGUUUUAAAUCAAUAUAGCAACAUGCCAUCCUUUCAAGGUAUCCAAAAAGACUGCGAAGACAUUUUAGAAGAAUUAAAAUCUAAACUCAGAUUACAAUUUCAUAAGAGAGAUGCAUCUACUAAGGCUUUAGCUGAAAAUGUCGAUCUUUUGCUGCAAUUAAAGGAACCAGCUGAUUCAUUAUGCACGGAAUUCUUAAUACAUGCCGAAGGAAGAUUAACAGAACAAUUGGAUAUUUUGAAAGAUAUGUGCGAAAACGAUAUUAUAGAAUUCGUAGAUAUGGCCUCGUCGGGAUUUCUUAGUGAUUUAUGUUUGAUUGUAACUGCUUAUAAUAAUAUGUUUAUAAAUCGAACAUUGGAAGAUAAUGAUUUAAUUGAUGAUUUUGUAAAAGCUGUAGAUCAUUUGAAUAAAUUUAUUGUGAGCAAUAUGAAGAAAUAUUUUGAUUUGAUGAGUAAAAGAGUAGAAGAUGUGGCUGAUACAGCAAUUUUAGUGAGAGCUCUUGACAGAUUUCAUCGCAAACUGCAAGAGAUGAAUACGUUAUCUAAUGAAACAGACUUUGCUAGAAUUGGCACUGAUCUUGUUGUGAAUGCUGGCCGAAAACAAUGUCGCAACCAUUUGCACAGUUUGAAACAACAUUUGAGCGAAAUUUUGGCGAAAGUAAGACAGACUUUAGCCACUAAAGUCACACAGGAUAGUGAUGGAGGCUUAGCGGAACUUCAAGCUAUGCUCAUUAUGCCUACUAUAGAAAAGAUUAAAGGAGUUCUACAGGAUUUAUUGGUUUUCUUACAGCCUGAUUUAUCAUUUAGUCUAAAAACACAAUUUUUGCAAAGUUUCUGUGUGGAUGAGGUAAGAGAAGGAUUAGUAAUUGGUUUUCUACAUUAUCUUACAGCCACAGUAGCAGGCUUCUGUAAUGGAUCUGAUGUGCCAAAAUUUCCGCCUACUCUGUUACUUUUACUCAGCAAAAUGUGCAUUGAAUAUAAGGAAAGCAACGUUCGUUAUCUGCUCACAACUAUCGACGAUCUUUUCAACAUCGAUCAAUAUACAUCUUCAGAAAAUAUUAUAACUCCUGGAUCAGAAAUGUGCGAUCGCUUUCAAGAAGCUGCUCAGAAUUUAUUGAAUCAUUAUGUACGAAUUCAAGGACUGACAGUAUCUCAAAUGUUGAGAAAAUCUGUAGAGACCAGGGAUUGGUUGCAUACAAUUGAACCUAGAACCGUGAGAGCUGUUAUGAAGAGGGUUGUCGAAGAUGUAACCGCUAUUGAUGCACAAGUAGCUGCUUUAUACGAUGACAACGAUGGUCAAAUCGAUAGAAGUAGUGACAGUAGUAGGAAGACUCAUAGUGUCAGCAUAUCUAGACAGCACUAUCGGUCAAAUUGGUCAUCCUAUACACCCAGUCAUAUCGAUUCUUCUCUAGUAACGAAUAUCCACAAACUGUUCUCGGAACGAAUUGAAAUAUUUUCGUCGGUACAAUUUAACAAGGCGUCUAUUCUAACAGGAAUCAUCAAAAUAAGUUUAAAGACUUUCCUCGAAUGUGUAAGAUUGCGAACGUUCAGCAAGUAUGGUUUACAACAAAUCCAGGUAGACACUCAUUAUUUGCAACUUUACUUAUGGCGAUUCGUGUCAGAUGAAAAUGUGGUUCACUUUUUGCUGGACGAGAUUUUAGGCAGUGCAGUACAUAGAUGUCUGGACCCAGUUUUGAUGGAGCCGAGUGUGGUCGACAUUAUUUGCGAAAGGGGUUGAAUUAUAAAUAAUUACAAGUUAUCUUGUAUAAUUGCAUAUAGAGAUGUAUCACAGAUAAUAUUAUAGUUAAUAUAACUUAUAAAAACAUUAGGAAAUGAUAAUUAUAAUAAUUAAGAUGUUUAAAUAUAUAUUAUAUAAUAUUUAAAUAAAAAUAUAAAAAUAAUUAAUAUAUUGAAGAAUUAGAUAUAAUUAUGCAAAACAAACAGUUCAAUUUAUUAUAAUAAAUAAUCUCG